AUGGUGGCCGAAGGAACGUUCAGUGAUCCUAAUAAUCCCGAAUUAAUAGAAGCCAUGAAAUAUUUGGCUUUACCAGCUGAAGAAAAGAUCAAACUUCGAUCUCAACCUUUUGAUGCUAAAAAGGCAUGUUGGGUACCUGACCCAAAAGAAUCUUUUAUUGCUGCUGAUAUCGAGAGCACAAAAGAUGAUCAAGUUACAGUUAAGACGUGCAAAGGAGAAACAAGAACAGUGAAAAAGGAUCUUGUUCAAGAAAUGAAUCCACCAAAAUACUGGUGUAUUGAUGAUAUGGCUGAUUUAACUUAUUUGAAUGAUGCUUCAGUAUUGGCUACCUUACGUGAUCGUUAUGCACGAUGGCUAAUCUAUACUUAUUCAGGAUUGUUUUGCGUCGUCAUCAAUCCUUAUAAACGUUUACCAAUUUAUAACAUGACAGUCGUAGUUGCGUAUCGUGGUAAAAAACGUACUGAAGUCGCACCACAUUUAUAUGCUAUCUCUGAUACUGCUUAUUCAAAUAUGCUUCGCGAUCGUGAAAAUCAAUCGAUGUUGAUCACAGGUGAAUCUGGUGCUGGUAAAACAGAAAAUACAAAAAAGGUCAUUCAAUAUUUCGCUUUGGUUGCUGCGGUUGGAGCUAAAAAAGCAGAAGAUGGAAAGAAAACAAUGACACUUGAAGAUCAAAUUGUGUCUGCUAAUCCUGUCUUGGAAGCUUAUGGUAAUGCCAAAACUACUCGUAAUAACAACUCAUCUCGAUUUGGUAAAUUUAUUCGUAUUCACUUUGGCCCAACUGGUAAAAUCGCUGGUGCUGAUAUUGAAGUAUAUCUUUUAGAAAAAUCUCGUGUCAUCUUUCAACAACCUGCUGAGCGUAACUACCAUAUUUUCUACCAACUUUGUUCAAAUGCAUUUCCUAAAUACCAUCAGGAUUGUUUAAUUGAAGCUGAUCCGUCAAAAUACUUUUAUGUUGCUCAAGGUAUGCUUACCAUUGAUGGUGUUGACGAUGUUGAAGAAAUGAAACUCACUGAUGAAGCUUUUGAUAUCCUUGGCUUUUCACAGGAUGAAAAAAUUAAUUUAUUUAAAUGCACUGCUGCUAUUAUGCACUUUGGUAAUUCUCAAUGGAAACAACGUCCUCGAGAAGAACAAGCUGAAACUGAUGGCACAGAAGAAUGCGAAAAAGUCGCUCAUUUACUUGGUGUUGAAGCAGCUGAUCUUAUCAAAGGUUUACUUAAACCUCGUAUUAAGGUCGGUAAUGAAUAUGUGAACAAAGGCCAAAAUAAGGAUCAAGUCGUAAACUCAAUUGGUGCUCUUUCUAAAUCGAUCUAUUUCCGCGCCUUUUCUUGGCUAGUCGAGCGUGUUAACACAACGCUCGAUGUCAAAGCUAAACGACAAUAUUUCAUUGGUGUACUCGAUAUUGCUGGUUUCGAAAUUUUCGAGUUCAAUGGCUUUGAACAAUUAUGUAUUAAUUAUACAAAUGAACGUCUUCAACAAUUCUUCAAUCAUCAUAUGUUUGUGUUGGAACAAGAAGAAUAUAAAAAAGAAGGCAUUGAUUGGGUAUUCAUUGAUUUUGGUAUGGAUUUAGAAGCUUGUAUUCAACUUAUCGAAAAGCCUAUGGGUAUUCUUUCCAUUCUUGAAGAAGAAUGUAUCGUACCAAAAGCUACUGAUAAGACAUUUGUUGAAAAACUUUAUACUAACCAUUUGGGUAAACAUCCACAAUUUGGUAAACCCAAACCUGGUAAAGGCAAAGCAGAAGCUCAUUUUGAUAUUCAUCAUUAUGCUGGUACGGUAUCAUAUACAGCAACAUCAUGGCUUGAAAAGAACAAAGAUCCUAUUAAUACUACUGUUGCUACACUUUUUGCAAAAUCGAAGAAUUCUCUUCUCUGUCAUUUCUUUGCUGAUGUUGUUGAAGAAGAAGCUACUGGUGGUAAAGGUGGUGGCGGUAAAAAGAAAGGUGGUGGUAGUAUGCAAACAAUUUCAGCUACACAUCGUGAACAAUUAAAUAAAUUAAUGACCAACUUGAAACAAACCCAUCCUCACUUUGUUCGUUGUAUCAUUCCAAAUGAAAUCAAGACUGGUGGUGUACUUGAUUCACAUUUGGUAAUGCAUCAACUCACAUGUAACGGUGUACUCGAAGGUAUUCGUAUUUGUCGUAAAGGUUUUCCAAAUCGAAUGAUCUAUUCGGAAUUCAAACAACGUUAUUCAAUUUUGGCACCAAAUGCUAUUCCAAAAGGUUUUGUUGAUGCCAAAAAAGCAACAGAAAAUAUCCUUAAAGACUGUCAAUUGGCUGAAGAGUUAUAUCGUUGUGGUUCAACAAAAGUUUUCUUUAGAGCAGGCACAUUGGGUCAAUUAGAAGAUAUGCGUGACAUGGCUUUAUCAAAAAUUAUUUCUGCUUUACAAGGACAAAUUCGUGGUUAUCUUAUGAAGAAAGAAUACAAAAAAAUGUUAGAGAGACGCAUAGCUUUAACUGUAUUACAACGUAAUUGUCGUAAAUAUUUAUCAUUACGUAAUUGGCCAUGGUGGAAAUUAUAUACAAAAGUUAAACCAUUAUUAUCUGUUGCUAGACAAGAAGAAGAAAUGAAAAAACUCGAAGAAGAAUUUAAAACACUCAAAGAGAAUUUAGAAAAAGAAGAAAAAUUAAGAAAAGAAGUUGAAGAUAAUAAUACAAAGUUAAUUCGAGAAAAGAAUGAUUUACUUCAACAAUUAGAAUCGGAAAGAGUUGGUUCAGCAGAAGCCGAAGAACGUUUCACACGUUUAAUAACACAAAAGGCUGAUCUUGAACAACAAAUCAAAGAAUUAGAAGACAGAUUCGGUCAAGAAGAAGAAAAUGCUCAACAGUUGAAUAAUAAGAAAAAGAAACUAGAACAUGAUAUGGAUAGUUUGAAGAAAGAUAUCGAUGAUAUGCGUGUAAAUUUGCAAAAAUCUGAAAAUGAAUGUAAAAUACGUGAUAAUCAAAUUCAUACAUUACAAGAUGAAGUUGCUCAUCAAGAUGAAACCAUUGCCAAAAUAACCCGUGAACGUAAACGUCUUGAAGAACAAAAUACUAAAACAACUGAACAAUUACAAGCUGAAGAAGAUAAAGUUAAUCAUUUAAAUAAAUUGAAAGCUAAGCUUGAACAAACUCUUGAUGAAUUAGAAGAUGGUUUAGAACGUGAAAAGAAGGGUCGUGCUGAUUUAGAUAAAUCAAAACGUAAACUUGAAACAGAUUUGAAAACUUUACAAACUAACCUAGAAGAAUUAGAUAACUCGAAACGUGAAUUACAAGAAGCCCUUAAACGUAAAGAUCAAGAAAUUCAACAGAUGGGAGGACGUCUUGAAGAUGAACAGGGACAAGCAACAAAUCUUAGCAAGAAGAUAAAAGAAUUACAAGCACGUAUUGAAGAAGUAGAAGAAGAAGUUCAAAAUGAACGACAAGCCAAAGCUAAAACAGAAAAACAACGAGCUGAUUUAGCAAGAGAAAUCGACGAAAUGAAUGAUCGAUUGGAAGAAGCUGGUGGUGCAACAACAUCACAAGUUGAAAUGAAUAAGAAACGAGAAACAGAAUUACAAAAACUUCGUCGAGACUUAGAAGAAGCUAAUCUUCAACAUGAAGCUACAGCUGCACAAUUAAGAAAGAAACAUCAAGAUGCUGUAACCGAAAUGGGUGAACAAAUUGAUCAAUUACAAAAAUUGAAGAACAAAUUAGAAAAAGAAAAGCAUGCAGUUAAAUCUGAAUUAGAUGAUGUACGUACUCAGAUUGAACAUGUACAAAAAGGCAAAGUAGCUGCUGAGAAACUUUCGAAACAACUUGAACAACAACUAAAUGAUAUUCAAGUUAAACUUGAUGAUCAAAGCAGACAAGUAGUUGAAUUAACUCAAAUUAGAACAAAACUAAUUGUUGAAAAUACAACCAUAAUUCGACAAGUUGAAGAACUUGAAGUUCAAAUUGUCACUUUAAAUAAAUCUAAAACAACAUUGCAACAACAACUUGAUGAAGUUAAACGAUCACUUGAUGAUGAAUUACGUGGCAAAGGAUCAGUUAAUUCUCAAAUACGUAAUUUAACAUCGGAUCUUGAACAAUCACGUGAACAACUUGAUGAAGAACUAGAAGCUAGAAGUGAACUUCAAAAGCAAGUUACCAGACUUAGCUCUGAAGUACAACAAUGGAGAACUCGUUUUGAGUCUGAAGGUGUUGCUCGUAGUGAAGAACUUGAAGAAGCUAAACGAAAAUUGGCUUCGAAAUUAAAUGAAGCUGAAGAACAAGUUGAAGCUGCAUUGAACAAAUGUAAUGCGUUAGAAAAAGUUAAAGUACGUCUUCAAGGUGAAGUUGAAGAUCUUAUGGUUGAUGUUGAACGUGCUAAUUCGAAUGCAUCUGCUAUGGAUAAGAAACAGAAACAAUUCGAUAAAUUGAUUAUUGAAUGGAAACAAAAAUGUGAAGAUAUCACUGUUGAACUUGAAAUAUCACAAAAAGAAUCACGAAACUUCUCAACUGAAUUAUUUAAACUUAAAACACAAUAUGAAGAAUCACAUGAACAAAUUGAAUCACUUCGUAAAGAAAACCGAAAUUUGGCGGAUGAAAUCAAGGAUCUUAUUGAUCAAUUAAGCGAUGGUGGUAAAAACGUUCAUGAAUUAGAAAAAGCUCGUAAACGAGCUGAAUUAGAAAAAGAAGAAUUACAAGCUGCAUUAGAAGAUGCUGAAUCAUCGCUUGAACAAGAAGAAGCCAAAGUACUUCGUGUUCAAUUAGAAUUAAGCACUGUUCGACAAGAAAUUGAUCGACGACUUCAUGAAAAAGAAGAAGAAUUUGAAAAUACAAGACGUAAUCAUCAACGUGCACUCGAAUCAAUGCAAGCUAGUUUAGAAGCUGAAUCCCGAUCAAAAGCUGAAGCACUUAAACAAAAAAAGAAACUUGAGACCGAUAUCAAUCAACUUGAAGUUGCACUUGAUCAUGCCAAUCGUGCAAAUGCUGAUCUACAAAAAACAUUAAAACGCCUUCAACAACAUAUUACUGAAUUGCAAACACAAAUUGAAGAAGAACAACGACAACGUGAUGAAGCUCGCGAACUCGCUGCUGCAUCUGAACGUCGUGCUAUUCUUAUAACGGCUGAACUUGAAGAAUUACGUACAGCUUUAGAACAAGCUGAACGUGCUCGUAAAGCAGCAGAAAGCGAAUUACACGAUGCAGCUGAUCGUAUCAGUGAUGUAAGCACACAAAAUGCUACCUUAGCUUCACAACGACGACAACUUGAAUCAACUAUUUCUGCUAUGCAAGCUGAUUUAGAUGAAGCUGUUAGUGAACUUAAGAAUAGUGAAGAACGUACUAAGAAAGCCAGCAUUGAUGCUUCACGUCUCGUUGAAGAAUUACGUCAAGAACAAGAACAUACUUUACAAGUUGAACGAUUACGUAAAGGUCUUGAACAGCAAGUUAGAGAUCUUCAAGUACGCCUUGAUGAAUCUGAAGCUAAUGCACUUAAAGGUGGAAAACGUAUUAUUAUUAAACUUGAACAACGCAUUCAUGAAUUAGAAAGUGAAAAUGAGUUAGAACAAAAUCGCCAUCAAGAAACACUUAAAGAAUUACGCAAAAACGAUCGACGUUUGAAAGAGCUUGCAUUUCAAACUGAAGAAGAUCGUAAGAAUCAAGUGCGUUUACAAGAUCUUACUGAAAAAUUACAAUCCAAAAUUAAAGUGUAUAAACGCCAAGUCGAAGAAGCUGAGGAAAUUGCUGCACUUAAUUUGGCUAAAUUUCGUAAAGUUCAAACAGACCUUGAAGAGUCAGCUGAACGUGCUGAUUUAGCUGAAAAUCAACUUGGAAAAAUACGUGCUAAAAGUCGAACAUCGAUCAGUGUAGGUCGCACCACUGAAUCUCAUGAAGUACGCGAAUCAACAACAACACGAGUAGGUUCAACAAUGCGUGCUAGUUCAGUUCGUCAACGUUAA